UUUAUUUUUGUGCCAUCGUCUGCAUUUGUUGUGUAAUGUUUGAUGUGCAGUUUGUUUCUAUUAUGUAACAAGUAUUAAAUUAAAAUACUAGUGGUUGGUGAUCAAAUAACAAAGAAUGAAGAACAUAAUAAUGAUGAGAAGUUUAUACAGAAUUAAUUCAACCUUUUUAACAACGCACAGUCAUCCUCAUCAAUCGGGAAAAAUUCUGACCGGUUUUCGAUGCCUUCAUCAACAAGAUGUUUCACCAACUGAAUCACGAACCAAGAUGUUCGCCUGGCAGAUGCAUUCUUACGGUGGUAAUGAUCAGCUAACCUUGUCCGCAACUAACAGAAUUCCUACGAUUAAAAAUCCAAAUGAUAUUCUAGUUGAGGUGCAUGCAGCAAGUGUCAAUCCGAUAGAUAUAAGAAUGAGAGGUGGUUAUGGUCAGAGGAUUUUGAAUAUAAUGAGAAAUCAGGGUCUAUUAAACACAAGAUCUGAGUUUCCUCUGACUCUGGGCAGAGAUUUCUCUGGUAUCGUUGUAGAAUCUGGAAGAAAUGUUAAAAAAUAUAAACCUGGGGAUGAGGUUUAUGGUGUUUUAGGACCCCAGAGACAAGGAUCACAUGCUGAAUAUACAAUAUCUUCUGAAAGAGAGAUGGCGCAUAAACCAAGACAUUUGUCUCAUGUAGAAGCUGCAUCAAUACCAUAUGUAGCGUUAACUAAUUGGUCUGCGAUCUACACGGCAGGUCGUCUCACAUCUAAUAAUACACCUGGAAAAAGGAUUUUGGUGUUAGCUGGUUCAGGAGGUAUUGGAACAUUUGCUAUUCAGUUAUUGAAGGCCUGGGGUGGUGAAAUUGUUACAACUUGUAGUGGUGAUGCAUCUGAACAACUUCUACAACUUGGAGCAGAUUAUACAAUAGAUUAUAAACAACAAGAUGUUCUAACAGAACUCGCUAAAUUACCACGGUUUGAUUUUAUCCUAGAUCCAUUAGGAGGAGAAAAAGGCGAACAGUAUUCACAGUUUUUAAAAUCUUGGCAAAAUGCUAAGUUUGUCAGUAUAGCUCCACCAUUUUUAACAAAUUUUGAUAAUUAUGGAAUCUUGCCAGGUUUAGUUAAAAAUAUUGGUGAUUUGGGUUGCAGUGCAUUAAAGGGAGCUAAAGAUGGUAAAAUAAUAAGAUGGGCAGUGUUUGCUCCGUCAGAACAAGGAUUGAAAAAAAUAACAGAUCUCAUUAUCUCUAGACAGAUUCAUCCAGUCGUGGAAAAAGUUUUUGAAUUAGAAGAUCUUCCAUCGGCAUAUGAGAAAAUAGAAAGUGGCCAUUCUAGGGGAAAAACUGUAAUUAAAAUGAAAUGAAUGAAAGAACAAUUUAAAAGUGACAUUAAGACUACUGCAACUGUGUUAAGAGAAAUUGUGACUUAUCCUUAUUAGUCUGUAGUUUAGAUGAGAUCUGUUUCAGCUAUGAGGAUUGGAUGUCGUGGUUUCAGUCCAAUGGACAGACUAGGAUCCCCUGUCUCACCUUGUGGAUUUUCUUAAGGUCCUUAUAGAAAUGGUUCCACUACUGAUGUCUUCCGUCUUACUCCAGCCACAGUAGUGGAUCGUUCUAAGCAUUUCCUUUGAGCAAGAUUUUUAGUCAAAUGACUACAAAAAUGUUAUUGACCUAUAGUUCCCUUAAUUUCCACAUAAACUGACCCCAAACCGUACAGCACAUGGCUUAACAUAUAAUACACCAAUUCCCAUUAAAAUAAAGGUGAAGUCUUACCGCAUAAUUAUAUGAUAAAAUUACUUAUUUCAAUGUAAACUGUAAUGAUAUGUGUUGACAGCUGUGUUUGAAUCUAUUUGUACUUACGUUAUGCCUCUUAGACUGUAUCAAUUGUAGAGCUAAGCACAGUUUAACG